ACUGAAAUCGUGGUAAUGGGAGAAACUAUUGCUGCUAUCGGUCUGCGAGCCUGCAGUUGGCAGGCAGGCAUUUUCGGACCGGCGCUCCGUUCACCCACCCGCCCAUUUCCCUCCGGUAAAAACAUGGCCUCACGAAGAAAAGGCGAGAAGAGAAAGACAGAGGAGGUUACUGAAACAAAGGAGCUACAACAUUCUGAUGCAGAACCAUCAGAUGGCAGCAGCAGAGAGGAAGAAAUAGCACAGAAAUUGAAGAAAAAGGCAAAGAAAAAAUACAUAGGCGCACAUGUCUCAAUAUCAGGAGGAAUAUGGAAAGCAGUUGAAUCAAGUGUGGCCAUAGGAGGUCAUGCUUUUGCCCUUUUCUUGGGCUCCCAGCGCUCCUGGACCAGACCAGCACUUGAUCCAGCUGCUGCAGUUAAAUUUCAAAAAGCCUGUGCUCAACAUGGCUUCGAUCCGAUACACAUCCUGCCACAUGGAUCCUAUUUGAUGAACUGCGGUUCCCCCAAAGAAGAUGUGUUCAGUAAGAGCCAGUCUAUGCUUGUGGAUGAACUGAGUCGCUGCAGUACACUGGGCCUCAGCCAGUUUAACUUUCACCCUGGAGCUGCUAUAGACUCCAGCCCUGAGAAAUGCAUGGAGAAAAUUGCCCAAGCUAUUAACCACGCACACCAGCAAACCCCUGCCGUCAUUACAGUGCUUGAAAACAUGAGCGGUCAGGGCAGCACUGUAGGUGGGCAGUUCAGUGAACUGAGAAGCAUAAUAGACCGGGUGCGUGAUAAGACACGUGUUGGGGUGUGUCUGGACACUUGCCAUGCUUUUGCAGCAGGCUAUGACAUUUCACCACCUGGAGGAGUGAAGAAUAUGCUUGAUGAAUUUGACAGUGUGGUUGGGUUGCAUUAUUUGAGAGCCGUUCAUUUAAAUGACUCUAAAGGAACAUUAGGCAGCAAUCUGGACCGCCAUGAAGACAUUGGACGUGGCCAAAUCGGUAUUACUGCUUUCCGAGAAAUUGUGAAUGAGCCUCGACUGGAUAAUAUCCCUCUGAUUUUGGAAACACCCGGUCGCCCAGGCUUUGAGUAUGCUGAACAGAUAGAGCUCCUUUACUCCCUUUGUGAAAAAAGGGUGAAGAAUUAGACAUAUGCUGGGUGCCAGCUUCCUAGGCGGAUAUAUUAUUGCUGAAGUAUAAUAAACUACAUAUGUAAGCCUG